UUUGUUGUUUGACAGAAAAAAACGAGCCAACUGGUAACAAGUUAUAACAACAAAAUGCAAAUGGUAUAUAAAAUAGUAAAAAGUUAAAGGUAUAUAAUAUAUAGGAAGUAAUCACCGAUACCCUUCUGUUUCUUGUGUGAAUAAAGAAUCUACAAGUGAGAAAGAUCUCGUUUUGACUCCUUGUGAUGUUUAUAGAUAGUUUGACAUCAUGCCGCCAAAAACUAGGGGAAACAAAACAACAAAAGUUUUAAAAGAAAAUGUUCAAAUAACGAGCAAACCAAAAUUAAAAGAUAAAAAUGGUGUUAAAAAGGCUCCAAGAAAAGCACUAGCGGAUAAAACCAAUUCUGCUUCAGAUGAUAAUGCGACAUUCUCAGCUAAGAAAUCAUCACCAAUAAUUGACCCUGACCCCUUGAAGAGUAAAGAUGAUAAACCGAAGCAACGUCGCAUAAGAAGAGUUCCCAGUAGAUUUGUUGGAAAUCCUGUAUUAACAAAUUUGAGUAACAGUAGUAAGGAUAUAUCAAGUACUCAGAUUUCAACUCCAACUAAACCAAUCAAGUUAACACCUACGAAAAAAGUUCCAAUUGUAAAGCUGUCACCCCUUAAAUUAACUACUUUAAACAAUAGUAUAAUAAAAUCUCGCCCUAAGAGAAUAUGCCGAUUACCAUCAAAAUUAGAAGGUCAUUCAAUAAGUCCUAACAAGUAUAUUCCUCUACAACCUGUGCAUGCUAGCACACCUAUAGCAAAAAAAGCUGUUAAGACAGUUCCAAAUAAUGUAUCACACAAUGACACAAGUAUGAAAAUAUCACCUGUAUCAACUGCUGCUAAAAAACUGGCUCAGAAAAAUAAGAGCAAAGCAAAACCUGGGGCAGAUACAAAUAAUAAUGGCAAAAAACAAGUGCAGAUUGACAAAUGUUUUGAAAAGCAACGGCAGUCUGCCAAUAACAAGACAAAACCUAGAAAAAAUGUCACCACUAAUUCAUCAUUUAGAGUAUUUGAUGAUAUAAAAAAAUCACUCAAAAGAGAUUCAAGCAAACUUGAUCCAUAUGAGUUCACAUUUGAUCCCGAUGAAGAACCACCUCAGAAGAAAAAAAAGAAGAGAGCUGCCAAAAAGCCCCAGGUGAAACCUAAAACAGCUGUAAAGGGUGUUUAUGAGAAAAAUUUGGCAAAAGCAUUGGCAUCAUUAAAGAACACUGCUAAAGUAACUCAAACUAAGGAAAACCAUGUUAUUAGCAAGUUGACAAAUAUCAAGCAAAAUGAAGCUCCAAAAACAUUGGACAAUAUUGAAAAUGCUGCAGAUAAUGUUAAAACAACAACAUUGACACAAAGAAAUCCUGAUAUCGCCCAAUUUAAUAUAAGUAAAAGUAUUCCCUGUGAGAAUAAUUAUAAUUCGGUAAGAGUUGAAGAUAUUGCACAGGAUCUGCAACAUCUUGAUGAAGGUCACAACAUUGAUUAUUCACCUGUAAACUCACCUCAUCGAGAAAUCCCUCAAAUUGUUGUUAAUAAAACCAGUCAUGAUAUUCCAGCUAAUAAUAAAGACCCAUUAAAUUUACAAGGAGACUUAAGCUUCUUUGACGAUCAGCCUGUAGCAAGCAGUAGUAUGAAUAUGUCUGCAAGGCAUCCACUGGCUAGUCCAUGGCGUGUUGAGUUUGGUAGCUUGCCUAUAAAAUGGCAAGCAAACACUUAUGUUAAGCCUAACAUGACACCAGCUGUUGAAAGCUCAUUUAUUAAUGCAAGUGACACAAAGAAAAAACAUGUCUAUACUAAUAUUGUAGCCGAUUGUAAUGAAUCUCUGCCUCAAGUAUAUGAACAGCCAAGUAUGAAACAGACAAGCAUAAUUUCCUUUAUAAGAGAAGUGGCUGAAAGGAGUGCAAAUAAAAAGAAGAAAAAGUCUACACCAGUCAAGGCAAAUACAUUGUUUGAAGACAUAACCCAUGCAUCUUUAGAUAUAACUCCUACAAAGAGUUGUUCCUCAAAGGAGAAUUCUAAAAGUGAUCAAAGUGCUGAAUCAGAGAAAUCAGAAGAAAGCAGUAAGCAGAAAAAUAGCAAGAAAGGUUAUAUGGAUAUUGAUCAAGAGAAUAUUGAAAGAUCAUUAUUGACAUCUCCCAACAAAAAUGAUAAAACACCCAAAAAACGGCACACAUUCUUUGGUUUUGAUGAAAGUGAGGAACAAGAAAAUAUUUCUCCACUUAAAAAAGAUAAAAGAGUUAGAGCUUUAAGACCAAGGUCACGGGCAGUUUUACAAGAGAUUAAUGACAUGAAGGGACCAUCUAGGGCUGCCAUACCACUCGCUGUUAGAUCUGUGCUUAAUUCAGACAUUCUUAACAAGAACUUCGAAGGUCCCAAAUCUGGAACAGAGCCGCCGGUGUUUCCAGAUAAAGAUAACGCACAAUCGAAUGAAGAAACAGUAAUAAAUCCAAUUAGCACUUUGGAAAAUGAAGAAUCUCAAUCUGUGCAUCUAUUUGAAGAUAUGGAUCUGAUACAUCACUACAAUAAGCCUCCACGCAAGAGUUACGGGAAAGCCAAGAAAGUAGCAUUCAGACAGAACUCUGCCACUGAUAGUGAUGGAGCUCCAAGUGAAAUUGGUGAUAAGGAUUCCUCCAGCGAUGAAGACCGUUUAGAAGACCUGUCAUUCAAAUUACCCACUGUAAAACCUAAAAGGAAGAUUAAGAAGAAGUUGACCAAGAAACAACAGUUAACAAAAAAGGAGGAGAAAGAAGCGGAAACUUGGGCAGCAGGUUUCAAUUCAAUGUGCGAGGACAUUGAAGAGUUUGAUCUGGUUGUGGAAUAGGUUACUAUUGUAAUAUUGUAACAUAUAAUUAUUUCUCAUAACAAAUAGAUGUCAAUUAAGCAUGACAAUAAAUUAUAAUUAUUAUAACAUAUACUAUAAUUACAUUUUAAUGUUAGGUUAAGGAAAAUUUUAAUAUACUUAAUUAUUUCACUUUUAUGAAUCACAAUUUGAACUUAUCAUUAUUACAUUUUGUUAUCGGGACCACUACUAAUUUUAUCUUUUUUUUUUUUAAU